CUAAGAGACCUCUACUUGAUCUUACAAGAAGAGUACCACUUAAAGCCAGAGACGAAGACCAUCCUCUUCGUGAAGACCAGAGCACUUGUGGAUGCUCUGAAGAAAUGGAUUGAAGAAAACCCUGCACUGAGCUUUCUAAAGCCUGGCAUACUGACUGGACGUGGCAGAACAAACCAGGCAGCAGGAAUGACGCUCCCAGCACAGAAGUGUGUGCUGGAGGCAUUUAGAGCCAGUGGAGAUAACAAUAUUCUGAUUGCUACCUCGGUCGCUGAUGAGGGCAUUGACAUUGCUGAGUGCAAUCUCGUCAUCCUGUAUGAGUACGUGGGCAACGUCAUCAAGAUGAUCCAAACCAGAGGCAGAGGAAGAGCACGAGAUAGCAAGUGCUUCCUCCUGACCAGCAGCGCUGAUGUGAUUGAAAAAGAAAAGGCAAAUAUGGUCAAGGAAAAAAUAAUGAAUGAAUCUAUUUUAAGACUGCAGACAUGGGAUGAAAUGAAAUUUGCAAAGACAAUUCACCGCAUACAGCUGGAUGAGAAGUUCCUCAGAGACAGUCACCACAAACCACAACCUGUGCCCGACAAAGAGAACAAGAAGCUGCUGUGUGGAAAGUGCAAGACUUUUGCAUGCUACACGGCCGACAUUCGAGUGGUUGAGAAAUCCCACUACACUGUACUUGGAAAUGCUUUUAAGGAGAACUUUGUGUGUAAGCCACACCCUAAACCAAAGAUCUAUGAUAGUUUUGAGAAGAAAGCAAAAAUAUUCUGUGCCAAACAGAACUGCAGCCACGACUGGGGAAUUUUUGUGAGAUACAAGACGUUCGAGAUUCCAGUCAUAAAAAUUGAAAGUUUCGUUGUGGAAGAUAUUGCCAGUGGAGUUCAGAACCGGCACUCGAAGUGGAAGGACUUUCACUUUGAAAGAGUACAGUUUGAUCCCGCAGAGAUGUCCAUAUGACCUCGGGCUCCUCAGUCUCCCGCUACUGGGAGCAACGCCUUAAGUGUGGAAGCGAUGAGUCCACAUUUUCCUACCCAAGCUUGCACAAUCCUUUCCUACCCAAGCUUGCACAAUCCUUUCUUACACAAGCCUGCACUGUGUUGAAUGCCAGAUAACCUGACCUGCUUGUUCUAAGCCAUUUCUGUCCACACAGAGCACACACGCAUGAACUGAAUACUUUGUUCACCAAUAACUCAUAGCACUUGGCAGUGGUGGGGAGGGGUUGAAGAAUUUCCCUUAUACACUUUUUGGAACUGCCUGCCAGGGAAUGCGCAGCCACUCCGUACACCGAGACGCAUGAUGGCUGGCGUGCUGGAAGGUUUCCCACACUGCCCUCUUUGCUUGACCUGCUGUAAGCUGCCUUUUGCCCUCAACAGUCCACUGACUUAGUUCUUUUCCAGGCCACCUACUGACUGCCAGAUCCAGCAGCACUUCUGUCCCUCGCUGACUCCUUUCCUGAUUUGGCCCUGCCACCCUGUCACCCUUUGCAGAUUCUCCUGGUUUCUGUCUCUUCCCAGUCUUUUCCAUUGGUUUCUUUGCUGACACAGAUUUGGUGAUUGCAAGGUUCAAUAUGCACACACAUAUGUAUUAAAAUGACAUAUACUUUUAAAAUGUAAAAGACUAGGGUUGACAGCUACGAUUACGGAGAAGGUAUUUCUGUUCGGUUCAUUUACUAUACACCUUUCUCUCAUCUGUUAUUUUAAUUUUGGCCAUUUCCCCUUCUUGAAUAGACAUCUCAAACUAUCUCUCUGCCUGUAUGCCUAUCUGUAUGUCCGUCCCCCACCUGUUUGAGACAGGCUCUCUCUGUAGACCAGCAACUCGAUAUCUAGACCUUGAACUCACAGAUCCCCUUGCCUCUCCAGUGCUGAAAUUAAAAUCUCUCACCGUGCCAGGCUCUAGAUACUUUCAAUAAAGGCCGAUGUUUAACAUUUGAA